AUGGGUUUCGUGAAGUAUUUUGUCUAUGAGUCACAAGAGGGCCAGCUACAGCCAACAACCCUGCAGGUCUUCCAGCGGGGCCGCCACCAGGGCUUCAGUGGCCACUCAGCCGUGGUGUUGGGCCAAAGCCGGGUCAGCUCCAGCAAGUUCUCCUCGACCUUCUGCUCAGGCUGGGGUGGCAGUUGUGGGGUGGGGGGGGCUAGUGGAGGAUGUUUAGGAGGCAGUGGUUUUGGAGGUGGCAGAAGAGGCUUGGGUGAGGGCUUCAGUGGAAGAGCUGGGGCCUUCAGAGGAGCUGGAGGCUUUGGUAACCCUGGUGCCUUUGGUGGCCCUAGUGGCUUCCCUGGGGAAAUCCAGGAAGUGACUGUCAACCAGAACCUCCUAAAGCCCUUCAAUGUGGAGAUCGAGCCCCAGGCUGGGUAAGUCAAGGCCCAGGGGGAGCAGAUCAAAACCCUCAAUAACAAGUUUUCCUCCUUCAUUGACAAGGGAAGCCUGUCUUGGGAUAGCUGGACGGUGAGGUUUUUGGAAGAGCAGAACCAGGACCUGGUGGCUAGGUGUGGCCUCCUGCAGGAGCAGGGCUCCAGUUCUCACACCAGCAACCACAACCUGGAGCCUUUUUUUGAGAACUACAUCAGCAGUCUCAAGGACUUCCUGAGUGGGCUGCACAUUGAGAAGAACAAGCUACAGGAGGAGCUGAGGAGCACGGAGGAGCUGGUAGAGGACUUGAAGAAGUGCAUGCCAUCCAUACUCUUUUCUCACAAGUACGAAGAGAAGACCAACAAGUGCACGGCUGCAGAAAACAACUCUGUGGUCUUCAGGAAGCACGGUGACGCUACCUACAUGACCAAAGUGGAACUGGAGGCCAAGGUGGAGAGUGUGACAGAUGAGAUCAGCUUCCUGAAGGUCCUCUAUGAUGCGGAACUAUGCCAGAUGCAGUCAGACACCAGCCACAUAUCCGUAAUGCUGUCCAUGGACAACUGCUACCUGGACCUGGACAGCAUCAUGGCCGAGGUCCGCGCCCAAUAUGAGGAAAUCGCCCGGAGGAGCAAGGCUGAGGCCGAGACCCUGUACCAGAGCAAGUUGAGAGAGCUGCAGACCAUGGCCAGCAGACACAGGGAUGACCUGGAGAGCACCAAGAGUGAGAUCGUGGAGCUCCCCAGGAUGGUCCAGAGGCUGCGGGCCAAGACUGAGGAUGCCAAGAAGCAGAACGCCAACCAGCACACGGCCAUUGCUGAUGCAGAGCAGUGUGGGGAAGUGGCCCUCAAGGAUACCAAUGACAAGCUUCAGGAUCUCAAGGCCGCCUUGCAGCAGGCCAAGGAGGAUCUGGCCUGGUUUCUGCAUGAGGUGCUGAUGAACGUCAAGCUGGCCCUGGACAUUGAGAUCACCACCUAUCAAACUCUCCUAGAGGGCAAGGAGUCCAGGAUGUCUGAGGAGUGCGAGUUCUGGCAGCAUCUGCGAGUCCUGGGGUCUUUAUCUGGGGAGGGGUCGCAGGUCUUGGGAUAA